GUUGGCUUUUUCUUUACCAAGAUGCAGGGCUUAUCUGUGAUGUUGGUAUUACUCUGCUGUGGCACAAUUCAACAGAUAACCUUUGUGAUGAGUGGCCGCACAACUGUCAAAAACCACUGCCAGUCCUAUAACUCCAGCUGCCUCAUGCUGACAGCUCCAGACAGUGACACAGUGAAACAGGUUUCUCAGGGUACAUCCAGUGAAGUUUCUGCUGCAGCCUUUGACAGGUCUGCAGCCACAGCUUUAAUCAAUCAAAUAGAUCCGACUGCCAACAAGACAGAGGGGCCUCUUCAGACAUUUGGGAUUCGAGAUCCAGGAAGGUCCAAACUGCAACAGGGAACAGAGCUCCAGCUUUUAGCACCUAGUCAUCCACACAACACCACCACUUCGGUACAGACACAAAGAGAAGGCCCAGCUAUAGAAGACAUUGUGUCAGCAGUGUUAAAAUCAACAACCAAUUCAUCUAAGUCAUCAAUUAUGAAUAAGCAAGCACAAUUGAGAAAUAACGCAGAAAACUUCACAGAAACGAAUGUUACAACACAGGAAGUGGAGCCAGAAAUGCCAAAAGUCACAGGACUUACAGAAACCUCUGAGUCACAAGUUCAGUAUGAAUCAAGAGUUGGAUCUGGUUUCAGCACACUGAAUGGAACAGGAUUAUCAAUUGAUUCCAAAGGGCUUGGUAAUACAACAACUCCAGCAAAAACAACAUUAUCAGUCAAUGCAGGAGGACCAGGGUUAAAUUCUGAAAAAAAGACUGUAGGAGAAACUAGGACCAACUUAGCAAAUGGAAAAGUGGGAUUAAGUGUCCAUUCAGGUCAAGCAACUGUACCAAAGGAGCUAACAAUGUCUGCUGCAAAGCCGAGACAGGUAGAAGAGACUGGAUCAAGUAAUAGUACACAUCAAGAGUCAGGAGAACUCCCAAAAUUAAAGAUGCAUGUGCAGCCAAGAGAUUUGAUGAAAGCAAUGAAUACCACAAUGACUAAACUACUGCCUCUAGUAAAUUCCACCAUAUAUCCUGAAUUGCAGAGGCUGUUAUUUAAAUCAGACUCUACUCUACUGCCAGGUCCAACAGUCCAAAAUGAGUCAAAAACUAUGAGGGAAUCUGUACCCUCAAACCAGACACAAGAUCAGACUGAAUCUAGAGUUUUAACUGCAUCAAGAACCACAACCUGGAAACCAGAGCCAUCUACACCAGUAAAGCAAACAACACAAGUACCUGCUGUGCCAGAGUUAUUACAUAAAACACCGGCAACACCCAGAGGAGGAACAGAUGCAAAAACAAAUGGUGUUGGGGACAAAAACGUACCUGCUGAGGCCACACAGAUGACAGUGGAACCUAUCAUAGAGGUGGACACUCUGAGUAAAAACCAUCAGACAGCAGAGCAGCAUCUCUGUCCUCUGUCUUCAGAAAGUACAGUGCAUACAGCAAAUGUUUCCAGUUGCCAACAAAGUCCUAUACUCAUCACAGCUGACAUCCUUACAUCUCCGAACACUGAUACCCUCGGGGGCAGAAGACCCCUCCAAAGGCCAGUACACAGAGGGUCACAGGGACAACCAGGACAACGAGGACAACCAGGACCCCCAGGAGAACCUGGCCCACCUGGCCCAAAAGGGGAUAAAGGCUACCCGGGCGUGAUGGGGCAGACCGGCUGGCCCGGAGAGCGUGGCCCAAUGGGCCAACCUGGCAUGCCAUCCAUCAUAGUGUGGAAAUCCUCUGAGGAAGACUGGCAAGCCUUCAAGAAAAAUAAAGUUUACAAAAUGCUCAUCACCAAGUGGCCGAGAUUGAAGGGACCAACAGGUCCUUUUGGACACCAGGGGGAUCCUGGGCCACCUGGGCCUCCUGGUAUUUCUGGAAAACGGGGAAGGAAGGGAGAUCAAGGAAAAAUCGGGGAGUCUGGGCCCCCAGGAUUGCCAGGACCCCCAGGCAGACCAGGACAAGAUGGGAUCCCUGGAGCAGAUGGAGAACAGGGGCCACCAGGACGCCAUGGAGAGCAAGGUCCCCAGGGGUAUAAAGGAGAACUGGGAAUCAAAGGGGAGCUGGGUGAGUGGGGUUGUGAUGGAGAGCGUGGAGCCCAGGGAAGCAAGGGAAGAAAAGGAGCAAAGGGCAAUAAAGGAGAACAGGGGUUUCCUGGAGUUCCUGGCAUUCUUGGUUUGCCAGGACCCAGUGGACCAAUGGGACUGACAGGACACCCUGGACCUCCUGGUGAAACUGGAGCUAUGGGAUUUACAGGCCCACCAGGACCAACUGGGCAGCCAGGGUCUAUAGGCCAGAAAGGAUCCAGAGGUCGACCGGGGGAUCCUGGCAGCGAUGGCAUGGCGGGGCUGCCUGGAGUGCGCGGUCCACAGGGGAAGCCAGGCAGAGAGGGGUCACCAGGUCCCAAAGGAGAUAAAGGUGACCUGGGAGAUCCUGGUGAGAUGGGUGAACCUGGACUGUCAGGACCAAAUGGCCCCACUGGCAACCCAGGAAGGACUGGACCCCCAGGUGAUCCAGGACCUAAAGCAGCAAAGGGGGAGAAAGGAGAUCCUGGAUUUAAAGGAGAACCAGGAUUCCCAGGUCUGCGUGGGAAAAAAGGCUACAGAGGGCGAGGAGGCCCCUCUGGCUUUCCGGGCGUAAUGGGACGCCAUGGUGAUCCAGGACCCCCAGGUCCCAGAGGCUAUGAAGGGAUAAUGGGAGAGCCUGGAAAAAUUGGACAAGAUGGCCCAAAGGGUGACAGAGGUCUCCCUGGUUUGCAAGGAUUGCCAGGAGCCAAGGGCAAUAAGGGCCGCACUGGUCGUGGAGGUUUUGCUGGGUUGCCUGGCUCUAUGGGACAGAGGGGAAACCUGGGAGUAGAAGGAUCACAAGGAGAACCUGGUAUCAAGGGAAGACUAGGACCUCCAGGGAACCCUGGACCCAAGGGGCUCAAGGGACUUCAAGGUCAUCCUGGUAAUCGUGGCUUUGAUGGGACAGAUGGAGCCAUGGGUCCUGCUGGUGAACCAGGAAUUAGAGGGGAACUGGGACCCCAAGGACCUAAGGGCAUCGCAGGGAAGACAGGCGCUCCAGGGAAACAAGGAACUGUUGGAAACAGUGGAGAUCCUGGAGGAAGAGGGGUCCGUGGUGCACCAGGGAGGCCAGGGCCCCCAGGUGUGAAGGGUAAAGCUGGUCCUCCUGGGUUUCCUGGGAGUCCUGGGCCAAAGGGAGAACGGGGAGCUGAGGGACCAAAAGGGAAGCCCGGUAGCCCAGGCAAACAAGGCAUGCCUGGUCCAAGAGGAUACAAAGGAGCUCCCGGCUUGCAGGGUAAUAUAGGACAGUGGGGGGACAUGGGCCUUCCCGGGUCCCCAGGAGACAAGGGUCUACCAGGUCUGAGAGGCCCUCCAGGACCACAAGGGCACCCUGGUAAAGAUGGGUUUCCAGGGCCUGUAGGUCCACAGCCAGACAAAGGAGAGAAGGGCAUGCAUGGGCCUCCAGGAGAGAAGGGAGUUGCUGGUCUCGAUGGUGAGGAGGGACCACCUGGAUUAAUAGGGCCAUCCGGACAAGCUGGCCAGAAAGGACAGGCUGGAGAUAAAGGGCGCAGAGGUUUGCCUGGUCUGAAGGGGACAAAGGGAAGCCAGGGGCCUGUGGGUAAUCAAGGACUGUCAGGACUUAGGGGUCCCACAGGGAAAGAGGGCUACAGUGGUGUCCCAGGGGAGAGAGGAAAGCAAGGACUCCCAGGGGAGAAGGGCAGUUCUGGUCUUCGUGGUCCUUCAGGCAGACCGGGGGGUUAUGGCCCAGUAGGAAAUACAGGAAAAGAUGGUUCCAAGGGAGAGAAAGGCUUUCCAGGAGUAACCGGGGCAGCUGGAAGGCUUGGGAUGACAGGCCCAAGGGGUUCCAAAGGGGCAAGAGGUCUGCCAGGGCAGAGGGGGUUUGUUGGAGAGAAUGGACCUCCUGGACCAAAGGGGGAUUAUGGAGAACUUGGAAAGCCUGGAAUCCGUGGAAACAAGGGACAAGUGGGACCCAAAGGUGCUAAAGGAAUAAAUGGAGAAAUGGGUGCAAAGGGCAGAAUGGGUUCAGCUGGGCUCAGAGGACACCGGGGAGCACCAGGGCCCAAGGGGACCCAUGGACCUCAGGGGCCCCCAGGAGACAAGAGCAGCAAGGGGAGACCAGGCCACAAGGGAGUGAAAGGACCUCCUGGAAAAAGGGGCAACAGAGGGUUGCCUGGCAAGCCAGGUGCCCAAGGCCCACGGGGAAAACGAGGCCCUGCUGGACCCCCUGGGAAACAGGGCCCAAGCGGUUUGGAUGGACUCCUGGGUGUUGUAGGGAAUGAAGGGGAUCCGGGUGACGUUGGUCCGAGGGGACGCCCAGGACUACCUGGACUGCGAGGGAAGAGGGGCCCACCUGGUUGGCCUGGCCUAAGGGGGAAGCAAGGAAUGACUGGGCCAAAGGGUCUCCCAGGGGCAAAAGGAAAGAGGGGGCCACCAGGCCCUGAAGGGCCACAGGGAAUCCCAGGACUCAGAGGUGAUAAGGGAGGACCAGGACCCAAAGGACCAAAGGGUCUGGAUGCAGCCAGGGGGCUUCCAGGACCAAGAGGGCCUCCAGGGGUUAAAGGAAACCAAGGGUCAAUUGGCCUCAGGGGUCUUCCAGGUCCAAAAGGAAAACAGGGAGACACUGGUCUGCAAGGUCCAUCUGGUCACAGAGGUCUGCCAGGCCUUCCUGGUCUCUUUGGAAAAAAGGGAGUGAAAGGCGUUCAAGGAACACCAGGAGUGAAAGGACAACGUGGCCCACGGGGGCAGCCAGGACCACCCGGACGCCCUGGGCCAAGAAGGAGACUCCAAAAUACAUUUAGUGUUCCAACCAGAUUGAGAGAAUAUUUUCAGCUGGACCAGAGUAUGCUGGAAGACAUUGAUUUGAUGAGCUGGGCACAAGGCACCAAGGACAAUCCUGCUACAACCUGCUUGGAACUGAAGCUCAGUAAUCCACAUUUGGAAGAUGGAUAUUACUACAUGGACCCCAAUCAAGGUUGUCCUUUUGAUGCCCUCUACGUCUUCUGUAACUUCACCGCAGGUGGACUCACAUGUGUCUCUCCGACUAAGUCACAGAUCUCAGGAAGAUGGAGCUCCAAAGAGAAGAUCCAGUGGUUCAGUCAACUCAGCACUGGUUUUAGAUUUGGGUAUUCAGGCCUCACUACAGUCCAGCUUCGGUUUCUACGGUUACACAGUAACUUCGCCUCCCAGCGGCUUACACUGCCUUGUGCAGUCUCUACAGCCAAUGACAAAAAGCCAUUCAGCAGAGACUUCGCCCCACUGUUCCUGGGAGACAGCAGCGCAGAAAUCACACACACAGACCCAGCCUACAAAGUCUUAUCACAUACAUGUAAGGUGGAGGGGGAAGAGUCAGUCCAGAUCAGUGUAGAAACCCAGGGAUCUGAUACAGAGCUGCUGCCCUUGAGAGACCUCAGCGUGGAGACAUGUGGAGAGGAGGAGAGACAUUUUGGGGCCAUAUUGGGUCCAAUCUGCUUUUUAUAGCCUCCUGUCCAGCCAGCAGGUCUGUGCAGUGCAAGGACAUGAGUACACAUCCAUCUGAAAAUACCUUUAAACUGAUGGCGGACAAACAAACAGAACGUUCUGUUUCUGCUGAAGGCCUAGAACAGAUGUCGUUGGAAGAACCAUGACAAGGACACCUAAAACAGACAGUCUUGACAAAUGUAUUCACAAACUUAAUCUGAUGUCUGCGUCAUUAAUAAAGUGCAUAACAGUUAUGCAGUAAAGGCCAGCUGAAGCUAUAACUAUCUCAAAGAUAUACGUACAUAUUCCUAAGUUAUUCUUUUGUUUUCUUGUUCUAGGUAUGGUGGCUUUAUAUAUAUAUAUGAAAAAAUUCUACAAUUUGUUACAAUCUGUGUUUUCGAGAAUUCCUGAUAGUAGGUUUUUUUUUGUGUUCCUUGUGUUUAAGAUACCAGACAAUGGUAACAGAUGACUGAAUGUUUCUCCCCCUGAGCUUCCACUGGCUAGAACCUGCCACUCUGUUGGUUUGUGAUUUCUGUCGGAUUGUUUCCUCCAUAACUUCUGUUGUUUUGAUUAAUCUGGGGAGACAUGACUAAUUAAAACUGAGGAUGAGAGAGGGAGAGAAGCAGUCACAUGAUGUGACAAUGUUUUGAAUAUUAGGGAGACUACAGCAGAUUCUUUGUUCAAUUUGAAACCAUUUUUAGGGCAAAGGUCCAUGUAUAAAAUGUAUGCUUAUUUAGCUUAUUGUAUGCUAAUAAGCUAAAAUGGCCAUUGAAAAGUUUAAAAUGAAAAUUGUACUAAAACCUUUUAAACAAUUUUACUUUUAGGCUUUAUAAACUUUUAUGUAAAGAAAUGUCAUUGUCCCACUAAUUAUCUUUUGUUCAUGCACUCUGUCUGAGAGAUAUGCUGUCUGAAACUUGAUAACAGUGACCUUUGCAUUUGAAGAGUCUAAAUCUCUAUCCAACUGAGAUCAAAGCCUGUUAAACUCACCUCUCUUCAGAUAAUAUUCACCCCCACCUAAACGUCUACCAGUAUUGCUGUGUUACCAUCAGAAUGUAUGAUUAAUGCAUUGAAAUUAUUUCCUCUUUAUUCACACAACAAAAGCAACAGUUUUUUAACACAAAUAUUUGAAAAAAUUUUAAACAGAAGAAUCUUGUUUACUGAAUUAUUCACCUCCUCCCCUCCAAGUCAAUACUUUGUAGAAGCACCUUCUACAGUCAUUAAAGACUUUGGGGUCUUCUGUAUCAGCUUUGCACAUCUGGAUUUGGGAAUUAUCACUCUUCUUCACUCUUCCUUGCAGAUUUGCUCAAGUUCUUUCAAGUCGGACGGGGAACAUCAGUGAAUUGUAAUGCUCAAGUCCUUCCAGAGAUUCUCUGGGCUUUGGCUGUACCACUUAGGGAUAAUCACCUUCUUAUUCUGAAGCCACACCAGUCUUGUAACAAAUUUAGUUAAUCUUGUAACAAAUGUAAUACCACUUCUUUAAUAUACUAUAGUUUCUACAAAUCUGUGUUUAGCUGAUUCUCUCAUUGGUUCUCCAGAAUGUUUCUAGUCUCUAUACCUUUGUGUCUAACCUAACCAAUUGUGAGCAAUUGUGGGCAUUAUCAUUUCCCACUAUUAUUUAUUGGAAAGCACUUG